GAAAAACAUUAGCGAUCACGUGACUUCGUUUGGAAGGCGAGCGACUGGUGACGAUCUGCACUAUCUGAUUAUCCAGCGAAAAUGGACCUGAAGGAUGAAGUUAGAAGUUUGGAUCCUUACAUGCGACGGAGAGUUCGAUUUGUGACGAUAUUUUGCGGAGUCUGGUAAGUCCGUUUUAUGACGUAUAUAUGGAAGAAACUUCCCCAUUUAUAAGGGGAAGCAAACGCUUUUCUUAUUGCCAUCCUUACAGACUAUGACUUUUUACAGUUCGGCAAAUUCAUCCAAAUUCUAAAAUUCCUAUAGUUUUAAUCUUAAUAGCAAGAGUUGAAUCCUAUUUUCGUUAACUUUUGGCGUAUGAGAUUUCGUCUGGUGUAAGUAAUUUGCGAUUUUUCAGUCGUAUUCUACAGUAAUUUUAAAAGUAAAUCAUCUGUUCAGAAAUUGGUGUACGUAAUUAUUUUCUAUGGUGUCGCCACAAAGCGAAUAGACGAAAACACUUAGCAUUGAUUGCUUUUUUGUUGGCUUGAAUUGAUCUGGGAAUGACUUCAGUUGACCCUGGAGUUCUCAACAUCUGGCCACCCCAGAUCAUGCACGUGGGUAUUACCCAAGCAUAUACACAGGCUCAGAGCUCUCAAGUUGUUUUGCUGCAAAAGAGUGAGAUUUUUGCCCGUGAAGCCUUCAAUUGUGAUACCGCGGGUUUCACCUCUCUGGGGGUGGGGACAGGGAGAGGAAGUUUAGCUAAGAGGUGUUUUCCUCUAUUCUGAGCAAUAGUGGAGAGAGUACAUCUUACUGGUCUGCUGUCACAUACCAGUGUAACAGAGGCUCAGCAGAAGAAUUUCCACUGUUAGAAAGAAUUCAAAGCAAUUUCAAAGGGAACAAGGAGUAUAUUGUAUCAAGAAAGAUGAUUGAUUUUUAUAAGUACUUCACUAAAGCAACAGUUUUUAUCUCAAAAUCAACAGUUUAAGUCAUAUACCUGAGAAUUAUGUGUGAAAUAACAGUUUCAGCAUAGUAGCAUUAGAUUGGAAAUUGUUUGCAUGAGUCUCCUGCUCAAUACAUGAGGCUUGAGACCUCUGCAGUCUGACAGAUUUGUUGACUCACAUUAACCUUUUAACUCUUAGGAGUGAUUGAAAUGUAACUUCUCCCUAUAAUAUCUAUAUAUUAUUCAGCAAACAGGUAAUAAGAAUACUCAAACUUAUCAGUUCAAAGGUGUUAUCUUGGUCUAACAAUAAAUUAUUGUAACUAACAAGCAAGAAAUGUGUAGGAGCAAGAGGGGAGAAUUAACAAUCUGAUCUUGCAAGCUAAAGGGUUAAUUUUAUGGUGGAUAAGGAGAGAUUGCAAGUGAAUCCCUUCCAGGAGUGAAAUAUUUGAUUUAAUACAAAUCUGAGCAGCCAGUGUGAAACUUACCAUGUAUCAGUCCUAAAUUUAUUAGUAAGAACAUAAAUCUUGUCUUAGCAGCACUGACUGAAUCCUCUUUGUCCCUCGAGGGACACCUGGGUAUGGUGUUAACCCAAUGAAGCUGCAAUGAAAAAUUCAAAUCUGGCCAUACCAUCUUCCUACUAAAAUCUCCUUUGGUGGCUUGAUAAAGAUUAUAUCACCCAAAAAAUGAUUUUAAUUGUUCUCUUGGGAAAAAAGGUUAUUUGUAGCAAGUACAGUAGAUGAAUGAUGUGAACCAAGUAGGUAGAUAAAUUGAUUUAUGCUUGCAUAGCAAGCAAGGUAUGUUGCAAAGCAAUGCACCCUUCUAGAGGGGUCAGGGGUCAUGCUCACCCAGAAAAAUAUUAAAUUUGAAACCCUCAGUAACAUCAUUUGACUAGCAUCUAGUUUCUCCUUACAAUAUCACCCUGAAUCACACACUAAGGUCAUGAAAAUUUCAAGGAAAUGAUACCCAACAAAAUAUGCUUUUGAUCAGCACACAAAUUCUCGUUGUCAGCACCUUAGGAUAUGUAUAAAGAACAGUAUGGAGAAUAUGCAUACUGAUGUUAGGGUGUUAAAUCAGUUACUGAUUCUUAAUAGGCUUAAUUUUAUUACUAAACUAUCAUUUACAUGCUUUCCCAGGGGUGGUGUUCUGGUCCUAACUGCUGCAAGCUUUCAAAUCUGUAAACCAUGGAUGGACAAAGUUAGAUUGCAGAAGGAAGCAUUACUUACAACAACAAACCUUGAAGAUACAAAAGAUGGUGAUUUAUUGACAACAUAACAGAGUUUUAUGUGAUUUGGGAUUUUCUAGAAGCUUGUGUCGUAACCAACUGUGGGUACACUUUUUCUGUUUGCUAAAUAAGACUUUUUUAAACAACCAUAAGAAACUGGAAUAGCAUGGUAAUUGUUUAUGAAAUGCUGCAGAACACAUUCAGUUUAUGUGUUAAAGGCAAUUCAAUGAUGUGAAUUGGAAUUGGGAGAACAAGGAAGUACAAGAUCAUUUCAAGACGUUGGAAUUCUGGGUGUGGAGAACACAAGAUUCUUAUGAACUUACCUAUGGUAACAGUAACUGUGAAAAUGGUUUUUUCUGACACAUUGUAUUUUACAUGGAGGUGUGAUUUUUAAGUCUGCAAGGCAGCACAUGUUCAGGAAUUUUCAGUGGAGAUGGAAAACUACAGAUGUAUAUUUAAGAAUGAGGCAUUUAGAUGUAAGUUUGCAGAAAUUCUUCAUUUGCAAAAGUUGUGAAUGAAUGUGGAUUGGAUUGCAAUAACAUUGGGUUACAUUCUCCCAUGUUGAUGGAUUCACCCUUCUUGUGGCUUAUUCAGUGCUCCAAGCUGCAAUUGUUUUGGUUGCAAUUGAACAGACUAAGAGACAUUAAACCAAAGAAUUGAGGUAUCAGUUGAAAUUAAGUCACUGUAGAAAAAAAAAACACCCAAUAAAUAUCAUUGAUGUGAGUUAAAUCUAAGUUCUUUUGAUAGCUGCAAUAUCAUAGGAUUGAAUGGACCGUAUGAGACUCUACAGCAGCUGCCAACUCAUCAAAAAAACAACAGCAUGCUGUUUUCACCAGUUUUUCUAUUCCUAGUGCACUUGCUGGAGUCAUGAACUAGCUCCUUCAGGCCUUGAGAUGUUGCAUAAAUCUCUGGAGGAAAGUGUCUUACAAUUUCUUCUGGCACCCAAAAUUUGAUUCUAGCAACCUUUUUAAGUUUGUAGGUCACCGCUUUCACUGUAACUGAAAUGAUUUGUG